AUGAGCGGACGAGGCACCGGCUCAGGCGGACGACGUAGCAGCAGCAAUGCCGCGUCCAGGCCAAGCACAUCGCGUGCUGCCGAAGUAGCAGGUCCGUCUACACAUCGCUUUGCGGAUCGACGUCAGGAGCGCAUGAGAGGCGCAGGCACAGCAGUUGCCAUGCAACGCGACUUCCAGUUCAAGCUGCCGGCCAAAAAGUCGGCGCCAUCCACAUCAGCGACCGCAAGAGCACCAGCUGCAUCAACAGGCACCCAGGACACCUCCGUCUCCACCGAAAAUUCAGAGACUCGACGCAGACCAGGGCGGCCCAGAGGCUCGGGUCCGCGCCAGAAGGAGAGGGCGGCAGCAGCCGCAGCGGCGGCGGCGGCAGCAUCAGCAGAAUCGUCUCCAGAUGUAUCCGUAGUCGUCGACGCUGACACCUCGCUGCUGCCGGACCAGAGUCUCAACUCGAGUCGGCCGGAUGCAUCCGCCAGUAUUGGCGUUCCCAGGCGCGUAGCUCGACCGCAUUCCUCCGCACCCAUCAGCAGCACGCCAGCACCCUCGCGCAUCCAGAAAUCGUCAGUGGCCAGCGCUUCACGCGCGUCUCAACGCAACGCACGCGAUGCGGAUGAGGAUGUGGAUAGCCAGCUCGGUGACGAAGACGACUAUUCGCUUCCUGGCGGAGGCGCAGCCUUGGAUGCGUCACCAGGCUGGGACGCUGGUCUCGAUGAUAUGGACGAAUCUCUGCCCGUCAUCCCCUCGCCCGCUGCAUCUUCGUCGAACGUCGACACCUCGGUGCGACGAACCAGACCGAGCGUUGGCGGCGCAAGCGUUUCUCGACUCAGCGUUGCCGACAGCCCGUCCACGCGAGCGCACGUGGACUCGCCCGCUGCCCGCGCCGCCAAACGCAGUCUGGACGCGCGCCAGCGCCGUCGGCAGGGCAGCCCGGGCACAGAGAGGCACAGCGCACCGACCGAAAAGCGAAGGGGUCGUCCCCCCAAGUCGGCCGUCCCAGCCAAGUCGCGGUCGCGCGCACUGCUCCGGGAGCCUGUGGAGCAGGACGAGACGGUCAUGGACCGCACCAUGAUCGAGCGACACCGCGGCGGUGCGGUCGGCGGCCCUGCGCGGUCCGGACGCGACCUGCAGAAGCGGCUCAAGCGUGCGCUCACACUCGUCUACUCGGCCACCGACGCCGACGAGGGAGACGAAGCUGGUGCGCCGUCGGCCAAGAAGCGCAAGUCGGGCAAAUACCUCAACGACGUCGACAUCAUCUGGUCCGUCGUCGACGAAGAGCUGCGCAGCGCCAUCGAGGAGCAACCGGCCAAGGCUCCGUUCCUGGCGCUCAAGGCUCUGCGCAAGUCGGUGCGCUCCAACUUCCUCAACCUCAGCGAAAAGACAGACUCGCGCACCACGCUCAUCUCGCAGCUCGUGCGCGCUCGCAAGCAGAAACGCCAGCUGCGCAAAGAGGUGUUUGCGUGCAGGAGCGAGCUUGCCAAGUCCACCGCCGAGGCGGGCGAACGCACGAGGGAGAUGAACGACUGGAAGAAGGAAGUCACCGACGUUCGCAAACUCAAUGCCUUCUUGCUCAACUUGCGACACCAGGCCGCCGCUUGGACCUGA